AAGGGGUAGCGAAACGAGAGUCUAAAAGAACAGAGAGGAUCGAAGAGAAAGAAGAAACUGAGGAGUUAAUUUGUCUGGGACCGUGUGGUUGUUGUGAAUGGCAAUCCCUGUAAUUGAUCUGGAGGACUUCCCAGGGCGGUCUCGGGCGCUUCUAAGAGCAUGCGAAGAGUGGGGAUGUUUCAGGAUCGUCAACCACAAGAUCCCUUCUGUGCUGUUGUCGGAAAUGAAAUCGGUGAUCAGAUCACUCUUCGACCUCCCCAUGGAGAUCAAACUCAGGAACACUGAUGUGAUCUCCGCCAGCGGCUACUGGCCACCUUCGGAGGAAAACCCAUUCUACGAAGCAUUCGGUUUGUUCGACAUCGCCUCUCCCCAAGCCGUAGAAACCUUUUGUACUCAGUUGGGCGCUUCUCCGCAACAAAGAGAAACAAUACUGUCGUAUUCCCGUUCGAUGAACGAGCUGGGUAUGGAGAUAGGGCAGAGGAUAGCAGAGGGAAUGGGAUUAGACUGCGAGUUGACGAAGGGAUGGCCUUGCCAGUUCAGGAUAAACAGGUACAACUUCACACCGGAAACCGUAGGCUCUUCUGGGGUCAUCAUGCACACAGACUCUGGGUUCCUCACUAUACUGCAGGAUGAUGAAAAUGUGGGUGGCCUGGAAGUGAUGGACAAAGCUGGUGCCUUCGUUGUUGUGGAACCCAUGCUGGGAACUCUCCUCGUCAACCUCGGGGACAUGGCCACUCUGUGGAGCAAUGGCAGAUUCUACAAUGUGAAGCACCGGGUACAAUGCAAAGAGGCAAUAACCCGCUUCUCAAUCGCCAUGUUUGUACUUGGACCCAAGGAUGAAGCAGUGGAGGCUCCACCAGAAUUCGUGGACUCUGAACAUCCUCGCCUCUAUUCCCCAAUCACCUUUGAAGAUUUUCGAAAACUCCGAAUUUCCACCGGAUCUCGAGCUGGGGAAGCUCUUGAACAUGUACGCCUUCAGCCGACUGGCCCCUGAUAAGUUGAUCUUCCAUGUUCGAACGAGUCUUUUAAUGUCUUUUGGAGAAAACUCCUUCAAUUCGUAUAGCAAUAAAAAAAAGUUCCAUAUCUAACUUUAAUAAUUUUUUCAA